CAUGUCCAGGCACUCAAAGACUCUACAAGAAGCCAUCAAUGAUUUCAAAUACUACUCUGAUCGAACGACCCUUUUGUACGAGCGCACUAAAAAAUGCUUUGGGGAGAUCGAGGAACGUCUUAAUCUCGGUCAACAAGCGGGCUCUGGAAAUUUGAUUGCCUCCUCGCAGUUAAAUGAUGUGGAGAGAGAACUUAGGAAGACACCGACUGUAGUCUUCAUCGGCGAACGAAAUUGCGGCAAAAGCUCCAUAAUUAAUGAACUUCUAAAAAAGACUUACGUACCAGUUCACGAGAACCCUUGCACAGCUAGAAUCGUGCGAAUCAAACACGCGGAUGAGUGGAGCGCAAGGCUCGUUGGAGCAGAUGGGAACGUGGUACGAAGUAGAGAAGAUGUCAAAGGCAUUAAACUUCUCCAAACGUUGAUAGUGGUCUCAGACAAAGACAGAGAGAAUCCAAAAGCUUUAGACGCUACUGUGGAGAUCGGAUUAAACCAUGACCUUCUGAAAAGUGGAAUCGAGUUGAUAGAUUCACCCGGGAAGAACGAGUCGGACGUUUUGGAUAGAGUGUUGGAGGAUUUCCUCGAGAAAGGCACAGUUCCUCUUUUUGUGUACGUAAUUGACGGAAAAAUGCAUCUCAGACCUUCGAACACGGUUGUGGCAGUGUUUGAGAUAGCUUCGAUCGUUCAAGCCCUCCUGGUUUUACAAGAAAGCUUUGUGAACGUUGUCCAGGUGCAAAGAUCCCAAAUCACUCAGGAAGCAUCCAUCGUACCAGAAAUUACGAGACAGGCGUACCAGAUAGAAAGUAAAAUGUUCGACUCGUUAAGAUCCUUUACAUCCAGUGAUUCCGAGGAUACAAAGCAGAGAUUGCAGGAGCAUAUAAAGUCGUUGAAGGAAGAAUUUUCUCAGGAUGCAUUACAAUACAAAAUUCCAAACCAGCGUACUAUGCGAAAGAGAGCUCUGACUAUGAUCAAAACAGAUCUUAAAGUUGCAUUUUCGCCCGAACAAUUAUCAGAAAUGAACAGGGAGGACUUUAUUUUGGAGCGAUUUCUCGGUGAUAUGAAAGGCAACAUUUUGGAAAAAAUGUGCAAUUCCCUCGACAAGUUUGUGGAAUCCUUGAUGGACAAAGUAGCGAGUGAUCUUAUCAAAGCCAUCAUUGACUUCAACGAGAACCUAACACACCCCAUGGUCUCUAAAAUUUUGGAGGAAAGCUACGGAGUGCAUUUCGUUGAAGCAAAAGCUAAAACACACGAAGUUAUUGAAGAUAUUCUUAACCAUCUUUUGGAUUCCAUAAAGGAAGCUGCCAGGGUUGCUUUGAGGAAAGAAAUUUCGGGACCCCUUAGUUCCAAACAGAUGACGACUUGCACAAAAAGGGAUGUUGCUGAUAAAACACGUCGACAGUUAGUCGUUGAAUCCCUUUUCGACACUAUCGACGAAAAGAGGGUUGCAGAGGCAGUUUUCGAAGCCUGUUUCGAUCGCUUUCAGAGGAUGCGAGAUCGGUUUCUAUCAACCAUGGAAUUUCUCAUGCGCUUGCAAACGGCCUUUUCUAGUUGCCAAGCUACAGAGCAGCUUGAAGAUCUUCGUCUUCGUUUUACUCCUGAGAUACGAAUGCUUGCCGUCGAAGGAAUGGCUUUGAAAUAUGUGCAGAACCAUGGGCCAAUAGCAUGCGGCUCACUCGUAGCGAAAACACGCCACGGCCAACUCUUUGAUUGUGCGAGCGUUAGUUGGUACCGUUGCUCGCCCAGUGGUCAGUGCGUAGUGAAAGUGAUCGAGAAAGAGAAAGUUGGUGAAAGUGCCUGGAAGCAGAAUGCAGUGGAUCUCGUCAAUAUGAUGGAUAUGAUUCAGAAACUAAAAGGUUCCCAUCCCAAUCUGUUGCGGCUGUACGGCUGGGUUUUCCCUAAGCCGGAUGUACUACAUGUUGUCAUGGAGAAGGCAGAGAAGAGUCUUCUUUGUGCUCUCAAAGAGCUUGCCUCGGCCUGGGCCCGUUCCUCGCUCUCCAAACUGAUCACGAGGAUCAAGAUGGCUCUAGACGUGGCUGAAGGACUGAAGGCCAUUCACGAAAUCGGCUACAUUCACGAGGACAUCAAGCCCGGAAAUAUCUUGUUAAUGUCUGAUGGAAGAGCAACGAUCAACCUCGCUAAGCCUGAGUGUCCAUACGACAUGACCACUCUGGGCGCUCCGUUCCACGUGUCACCAGAAAUGUACCAGUACCACGGGAAAGGUCACCUCAGUUACCUCUCCUACGACAUCUAUGCAUUUGGAAUGCUUCUAUGGGUGCUUUUGGAGGGAAGAGGUACAUCAAGACCGAAAGUAUACAAAGACAUGAAAACUAUCCAAUCCAUGCAAGCAGCAGUGGAAAAUGGAAUUCUACCAUGUAAGGAUGAUGAAGAAUUCCAGAUUCCGUCAGUGAGUGAUGCGUGUUGGAGCUUAAUGACAAGGUGUUGGGAGGACAGAGCAUCCAUGACAAUGGAUAUUAUUAUUACUGAUUUAAAAGCCAUUAGGGAAACAGUAGAUAGCACCCGUUAACUCGAUGGUGAUGUUGCUUGAACUUUCCUAAGCAACUGGGCCUUAUAAGACUCUUCUUAAACCGAAUUUGGGUUAUGAGGUUAGCUCUAAGGAUUGGGUUGAGUCAAUAUUGUUGCCGUGGAAACCUAGACCGAUCAAUCUUUUCCUCACACCCCUCUGAAGCUAUUGUUUGGUCCCGUCACGCAAAAAAGAGAGGGUGUAGCGUGACGAGAAUAAACAACACUCGUUUUUGUAUGUUAAUCGUAUAGAAUUAAGUUUAUCAAGAGCUGUGUAAUAAUUGUGCGCUACUGAAUACGUAUAAAGAAAAAUGAAGCGUUGAUAUUGCUUUUUGCUGGCUUGAAAUGAAAAAAAAUAUGAUAAGGCAAAGAACA